AUGGAAUCCGUGAAGAAGUGGAGGAAGCAAAUGCAUCAAAGUGGGUUUCCUGGGGGUGACAAAGGAAGUGAGUUGGAUUUGGCUUUUGAAGAUGGGAGCCAUUUGAGAAGUCAAGCAAUAAGAGGCCAAGUGUGUCUCGUGGAGAUCGGUUCGGUGGAAAGGCAAGACAAGGUGGGAAGGUGA